CCCUGCUCAUCGAACGAUCGUUCCGCUUUUCCUUCGCUCGAGCCCUGCCGCUGCCGCCGAAGCACGGCGAACUCCUUCUCCCUUCUAUCGCGGCCUCUUCCACCUGCAGCAAGAUCUACUUCCUCCUCUUAUUGAGUCGUCGUACACGCGCUACCCUCCUGGGCGUGAGUCUCCUCUGCAGCACACGGCCGCGCGCCUCCGUCACUCGGUGGGGGCUCGUUCCAGUCACUGCGAAUGAGGAGGGGGCUGCGCGGUUUGUCUUUGGCGAAGCGAAUUUGUAGACCAAGGUUGCUGUAAGAAGGGCAUUGCUGCUAUGAAGUAUAGUCAAUUUGAGGAGGUUUUGAUGCCAUUGAAAUUGUUGAUUUUUGCAAAGGAGCAGCCAUUAUAAAGAUGCUGUUUACUUGGGCAGUUUGAAUAGUCACCUAGUGGAAUCAGCAACCACAUAAUUAUGCACAUUGAAAUACAAGAAACAAAAUUGUGAGCCGAACUUCAUGAUCACUAAGUGAUGUGGACAAAUGUAUUCAGGAUUGGAGAACUUCAAGCUGUUUCAUGGUUCCAGUUUUUACCAUGUGAAUUUGAACCAAGUUCUCUACCUGAGAAAAGGUUGAAAGCGGAUCAGAAAGAUGCUGCAAAUCAUUUGAUACUGUCUGCACAUUUACAACUACAAAAUGAAGGAUUUCUUAGCACAUGGACUAACUCUUUUGUUGGUCCAUGGGACCCAUCUCAAGGGGCACACAACCCUGAUGAAAGAAUCAAACUCUGGCUUUUCCUUCCUGGCCGUCAUUCUUCAAUAUCUGAAAGUGCUCAUGCUGCAGUUUCCAGAUUGAGAGUUGUUGGAAAUGGACUUUGGUUGGCUCCUGGUGACUCAGAAGAGGUUGGAGUUGCACUUGUUCAGGCUUUAAGGAACUCUAUAGAAAGAGCAUUUGGAGGCCUUUCUUAUGGGAGAUUUGGAGAUGUUUUUACCAGAUUGCAUCCUUUGACAUCAAAUGUUAGGAGGCCGCAGCCAACAAUUGAAUUCUCCUUCACUGCGACUGAAGAGGCAAUCUACGUUCAUGCUGUUGUAUCUGCAAAGCAUAUUCGAGGACUUUGCAAUAGUGACAUUGAAAAAUUGCUAUGGCAUUGCUCUUCUCACUCAAUCAAAGAUGGGAUACCAGUUAUUGUUUCCCCUACUGGAAUGCGUGGUAGUCUCACAGGAUGCUGUCCUAGUGAUCUGGUAAAGCAAGUAUAUGGCAGCAAGCUAAAGUCAUCAAAUGGCAUUCCAAUUGGGUCUCAUAUGGCUCCAUCUUCUAGCAAUCAACUCAGAGGGCAAAAAUUUUACGUUGAAGUUACCCUUGGCUGCCGUUCUUCGUCUAGUGACAAUAUUAUGGGAGCUAACAAUCAAAAUAGCAAUACUUGCAAUAUUCAUGAAGAAGAUUCACAUCUUAUUGAGGCCUGUAGAACCCAACAGAAGAAUGGACUUGUGGAUCAACUUCCAGCCCUUGAAAGGACAUUCAUAUAUCCAGCAGAAGCUGUGUUGAUUCCUCUAAUGCACAGGGCCUUUGCCCGAUCCUCUAAUAAGAGCCUGUGGUUAAGGCAUUGGGUGGGAACAUCAUUAUCUGAGAUGUGGCACUUAUGGAAUUUUUCUGAUUCGUCUCAACUUGAACUCUGCCUGGCGAUUGGAAAUGCAUCUAAUGCUGAACCUUUCAGUGGGCUGGGAGUAGAAUUUAGUCAUUUGGCGCAACAAAAACAGUAUAACAGUAGUAGUAAUAGCAUAACUAGUAGCAUAAGCAGCAUAAGUAGAACAUCAAGUGAAAGUGGGCAUGCUAUGGCUGUUGGAGAUGGUGAUCUUGAAGCUGAUGCUGACUCUGUCACAUGUAGACAAUCUGGCUUGUCGACCAAUGAUCAAAUUGAGAAUGAUGGUCACAGAAAGGCCUCUAAGCGUCCCCGCACUAUUGUCUCUGAAACCUCAGUUCAAACUGGCACACUAUUAAGUGGAACAAUCCAGGAUCCAUUUGCAUCAGAUUAUAGCAUUGCUGAAGUAGACAACUCGGCUGCUGCUGGAUUACAUGUUGGAUCACAGUGGGAUUGGGAUGAUGAUGAUAGAGGCAUUGGCAUGGAUAUCCAGGCUCUCCUAUCCGAAUUUGGUGCUUUUGAUGACUUUUUUGAGGAUGAUAUUUUGGCUUUUGGUGAGCCACCAGGUACGGCAGAGUCACAGGCCCUUGUAUUUCCAGCUGCUGACUUUGGAGACAUAACUGGUAGUCCUUGUAAUGGAGUUUCAGAAGUACCUGAACAAAAUCUUGGUCAUCCUAGUAUUCCAACUUUAGAAGGUUUGAACCAUCAGAUGGAGACCCCUGCAGAGGACAUGAUUUCCACAAAAGCAGAAGCUCUAAAGGAUAUUGGACCGCCACCACUUGCAAGUUCAGUACAGACCAAUGAUAAAUUUGACUAUCUGAUGAAAGCAGAAGCUGUAAUGACAUUUGCUCCUGAAUAUGCUCCAGUGGAGACCCCUGCUAUUGAGCUAGCCACAUCUAUUUUCAAAAAUCCAUAUUUACCUAGAUCAAAAAUUCUUGAGAGUUCCAGCUCUAGUUCUAGUUCUUAUAUAUAUAAUGCGAUACCUCCCAUUUACAUGGACUCUUCUGAAGAGAAGUCUGAGAAAGCAACAAAUCUCCCAUUAGGCGAAUUGGGACAUGAUGUUAUUUCUUCAGCCAAAUCUUCUAAGUUAUAUAUACAUGUAGCCUCUGGAACAGAAAAUAAAAGUAAAAGACCAGUUAAUAAUGAUGUGACAUCAAGCAAUGGAGAAGGGUUGUCUCCUAUAUCAGGCGUGAAACCAACAACUGCUGUCAUAUCACUCCAAAAGAAAAAUGACAUGGAAACUGGUGGUUUCUUGUUUCCUGGGAAGACAGUGUUUGCGACAAAUAUUGAGUGUGUGAUCUACCAAACUUUCAUGUGCAAGUUAAGACAUACAUUGUUGUCUCUUAAGAACAGAAUUCCCCUGGGCUUGAGACAUUCCUUGUCAGAUCUAGUCCAAGGUGACACUAAUGUUAAAUCAGAUAUAGUAAAGCAUGAGCUGAGGAAAAAGGAUAACAUAACCGUGAGAUUAGCUGGUGAUCUUGAUGGUGGGGUGCAAGAUGGACCAUUUACUACACAAGUAGGGGUUUGGCGCUCUGUUGGAGCGCCUAAAAUUGCAAAACCUUCACGUGUCUCUGAGAGCUUGCCUUUGUUGCCGCUUAAUACAUUGGGUGAUGAAGGCAUAAAUUUCCAUGUGCAAAAGCAACCUCUUCAGGAUCUGCUUGAUUCCAUAACCUUUUUAGUUCAGCAAGCUGUGUCCCUUGUAGAUUUCUCACUUGAUACUAAUGAUGGUUAUGGCUCCUAUUACUGGCUCGGGAUACAAGAACAACGGAGGCGUAAUUUUUCUUGUGGACCAUCCAUGAUUCAUGCUGGAUGUGGUGGACUUCUUUCAACAUGCCAUUCUUUGGAUAUUGCUGGUUUAGACUUAAUUGAUCCGCUUUCUGCUGAUAUUCCAGCAUCCUCUGUUAUGAGUUUGUUGCAGUCGGAUAUAAAGGCAGCUUUGAAAUCUGCUUUUGGAAGUUUGGAUGGUCCAUUAUCUGUAAUUGAUUGGUGCAGAGGUCGUUACCAUUAUAGUGAUUCAGGAACUCCAGGGGAUGGAAAUGAACCUAAAGAUUCUUCUGGUGCAUUUUCUUUAGUUGGAGAGCCAAUAAGCCCUCCCCAAUCAACUACUACAUCUUCCACAAGAGAGAGAGCAAGAAAUGAUGAGUCAUCACAACGGCGAUUGAAUCAAGAAUCAUACAACCCAGAGUCUGAUCAACAGAAGAUUUUUUCUCGUAUAAAGCCAACAGCCUUGGUGCUCCCACUGCCAAAUAUACUUGUGGGGUACCAGGAUGAUUGGCUUAAGACAUCGGUAAACUCUCUCCGUUUAUGGGAGAAGGCUCCUUUAGAACCUUACGCUUCACCAAAGCCGGUUACUUACUAUGCAAUAUGUCCUGAUACAGACCUCCUAACUUUUGCAGCUGUUGAUUUUUUCCAUCAGCUAGGCAGUGUUUAUGAGAUGUGCAAAUUAGGAUCACAUUCACCUCAGUUCUCUGGGGGACAAAUAGAGUCAUCUCCUGGAACCCGUUUGUCUUCUGGGCUUGUCAUUGUUGAUUGUCCACAAGAAGUGAAGAUCCCUAGCAAUCAGAUAAAUUCUAUCAGCUCAAUUUAUGAUUACUUCUUAUCUCUUUCAAAAAGUUGGAAGCCAAAGAAUUUUAUCAAUUCCCUUACAAAGGUUAUCAAGGAGCUAAAAUUUUCUUCAAAUACAUUAGCAAAUCAAAAAGAAUGCAGCACAUCUUGUACUGUGGUGUAUGUUGUAUGUCCUUUCCCUGAUCCUAUGGCAAUUCUCCAAACUUUGGUUGAGUGCUCUGCUGCUCUUGGAUCAGUUGCUUUUUUACCAGAUAAGGAUAGGCGAUCCUUAUUAUAUUCUCAAGUUGUCAAGGCCUUGAACUCCACUGCAGCUGUUGAUGAAGCAUCAGCUUCGAAUGUCCUAAUGCUCUCAGGAUUUACUGUCCCCAAGCUUGUUUUGCAAAUUAUUACUGUUGAAACAUUACUAAAAAUUUAUCGGCCAACUAGUGAACUUGCCAUUCUGAAGGACAUAGCUUUUACUGUAUACAACAAGGCUCGAAGGAUUCCUCGGUAUACUUCAAGUGUUGACAUGUUUCAAACAUCUUUCUCGGGAAGGUCUUCACUAAUGCAUGUGACUUCCAUAGCUGGACUUUCAAAGGAUUGCCUUGCUCCACGCAUGUCAGGAUCAUCACUUUCAAGAGACGGUGAAAUUGACAAUGCAUUGAGGCCUGGCUCAUGGGAUAAUUCAUGGCAAACAUCAAGGAUUGGAGGAUUAAAUUUUGAACAAAAUAGAUCUUUAGAUAUGUGUGGCGUAGAUGAUGCUAGGUACAUGUUUGAACCACUUUUCAUAUUGUCGGAACCUGGCUCUGCGGAGCACGGAGCAAUCCCUACUACUUUUGGCAGUCCAGCUUCAGAGCCUUCAAGUCUGAAAACUGCUGAUGAUGCUGGUGGAAUUUACUCUCAAAGUUCAACUUCAGUUUCCGGUUCCGACACUGGAACAACUUCUGUGGUUGAUGGAUCAGAACAUGACAAUAAAUCACCAAGUCUUCAUUGUUGUUAUGGGUGGACGGAGGAUUGGCGCUGGUUGGUCUGCAUUUGGACAGAUGCCAGAGGAGAGUUUCUUGAUAGUUGCAUCUUUCCUUUUGGUGGCAUCAGCAGCCGUCAGGACACAAAGGUUCUCCAAAGCAUUUUUGUUCAAAUUCUGCAACAAGGCUGUCAAAUAUUAUCAUCCUGUUCUGAUGCUGUUCUUGCUCGACCAAGGGACAUAGUAAUCACACGUUUUGGAUGCUUCUUUGAGCUUGAAUGUCAAGAGUGGCAGAAUGCUAUUUUUUCCUUUGGUGGAAAUGACAUCAAGAAAUGGCCACUGCAACUUCGACGGGCCACACCUGAUAUAGUUUCAUCAAGCAACAAUUCAUCUUCGCUACAGCAGCAUGAUUUGGUCAUGAUUCAAGAAAGGAAUUUACCUACAUCACCUAGCCCUUCUCUGUACAGCCCUCAUUCUAAAUCCAGCUUUAACAAGAGCGGUAUGGGACAACCUAAUUCCAAAAAACAGCUCUUGAUAGGACAAACCGGGCCGGAUAGCUCAAGGAGUACACUGCAGCUGAUACAGAGCAUCAGCUUAGUCGGAGUUUCUAUUGACCACACGUUGCAUCUGAUUCUUCAGUCAGAUGUUCCUUCAUCAGGUGCACCACAAAGCGGCAGCUCCAGUGCCCACAGUUACUUGGAAGGAUUUAGCCCGGUGAAGUCUCUUGGAUCAAUGCAGGCAUCGUAUCUUCUUAUUCCGUCGCCUAACAUGCGCUGUCUCCCUCCACUCCCCAUGCAUCUUCCGACCUGCCUUACUUCCGAGUCUCCGCCUCUUGCUCACCUUCUGCACAGCAAAGGAUCUGCGAUCCCCUUGGCAGUGGGUUACGUGGUGUCCAAAGCAAUUCCUUCAAUGAGGCAAGAUUCGGGAGAGCAGACGAGAGAAGACUGGCCCUCUAUUCUUUCAGUCAGCCUUGUCGAUCACUACGGAAGCAACACUAACCACAUGCAGGAGAGGAUGACCCGAGGAGGUAGCAACACUAGUGCGUUAAAGCAAGUUAGGGCCUCAACUCCGGAAGCAGCAGGCAACAAAGACUACGAACUUGAGACGCAUAUGGUUUUGGAGUCGGUAGCAGCCGAGCUUCACUCCCUUUCCUGGAUGACAGUUAGCCCCGUCUACCUGGAACGGCGUACAGCAUUGCCUAUUCACUGCGACACGCUUCUCAGACUCAGAAGGCUCCUACAUUACGCCGAUAAAGAACUCAGUAAGCUGCCAGAAAAUACUCCGCAGGUCUAGCCAGCAUUUGUCGCCCCGUUCAUGAUGUAUCACCAUUGGGUGUUAAAAUAGAGAAGACUUCAUGUAUAGUGUGUUCCUAGUCACCCAGAUGCAAUCACUUUGCGUGAUACAUCGAUGUUUCUAUCAUUUAUUCGGCUAAUCUUCUCAUCAUCGACAAACUUAAUUUAAUCCUUAGGUGUUUACUCGAGCAGGAAGCCUGGAGGGAAGAGGUUCAACCUGCUGUGUUUUCUUCAGGCAUCUCUUUAGUUUUGCAGUUUUAGGUUACGAGUGGAUGCCAUGUUGUGUAUCAGACCUGUUGAUCUAAUUUCACAUGUGAUUUAUAAAAUAUUAAUAAUGAUAAUUCAGUGAAAA